GAGGGAAAAGGGUCGACGCCAUCUUGUUUGUUUAGUGAAUCGGGGAGAAGCUGGGGGUAGUAAAGUAGGUUUUAACAUCACAGCCGCCAAAAAGGGAAUACAGCAAUUGGAGAUAAACAGGUUUUUCCUCUUGCUGUGAAAAGGAGCUGGGACAAUGUUUUAUGCCCACUUUGUCCUAAGCAAGAGAGGGCCGUUAGCCAAAAUUUGGUUAGCGGCCCAUUGGGAUAAGAAACUCACCAAAGCUCAUGUGUUUGAGUGUAAUCUGGAGAGCAGUGUGGAAAGCAUCAUCUCCCCCAAGGUGAAAAUGGCCCUGAGGACCUCGGGCCAUCUACUCUUGGGGGUUGUAAGAAUCUACCACAGGAAAGCCAAAUACCUUCUUGCAGAUUGUAAUGAAGCAUUCAUCAAGAUCAAAAUGGCUUUUCGCCCAGGUGUGGUGGAUUUGCCUGAAGAGAACAGAGAGGCAGCUUACAAUGCAAUCACACUGCCUGAAGAGUUCCACGAUUUUGACCAGCCCUUGCCUGAUCUAGAUGAUAUUGACGUUGCACAGCAGUUUACACUGAAUCAGAGCAGAGUAGAAGAAAUCACCAUGAGAGAGGAAGUGGGAACCGUGAAUCUCUUGCAAGAAAAUGACUUCGCUGAUUUUGGCAUGGAUGAUCGGGAAAUGAUGCGAGAAGAAAGUGCAUUUGAAGUUGACAUAAUAGGCACUUCAUCCAAUCUUCUGCUUGAGCCUGACCCCAACACAAGUCAGCUGAACGAUAAGACAAACCACCUGGAAUAUGAUGAUCAGUAUAAAGAUGAUACCUUUGGAGACAAUCCCAUGGAUACCAAUGAUGGCGGGAUCUUGGUUGACAAACUUCUGAAUGAAGAUGGAGGCAUUUUUGAUGACCCUCCUGCUAUGACAGAAAGUGUAAUGAUGCCCCAAGAACAUGCACAUGACGACGAUGAUUUUGAUAUGUCACCUGGGGGACCUGAUAGUCCAGACUCUGUGGAUCCAGUUGAGCCCCUUCCAACUAUGACUGAUCAGACAACUCUAGUACCCAACGAAGAGGAAGCUUUUGCUCUGGAACCCAUUGAUAUCACUGUUAAAGAAACCAAAGCUAAAAGGAAGAGGAAACUGAUUGUGGACAGUGUAAAGGAACUGGACAGCAAAUCCAUCCGUGCGCAGCUCAGCGAUUACUCCGACAUUGUCACAACGCUUGACCUUGCUCCUCCAACGAAGAAGCUUAUGAUGUGGAAGGAGACGGGUGGUGUCGAGAAGCUGUUCUCGCUGCCUGCACAGCCACUGUGGAAUAGCAGGUUACUUAAGAUGUUUACACGCUGCCUUACUCCACUGGUACCAGAUGAAUUGAGAAAGAGGAGAAAGGGUGGGGAAGCAGACAGUCUGGAUGAAUUCCUCAAGGAGUUUGAGAAUCCAGAGGUGCCAAGAGAAGAGCAACUGCAGCAGCGAGACAUCAUUGAUCAGACUAUUUUGGAAGAACCAAGCCGUCUGCAGGACUCUGCGAUGGAGGGCAGCAGGACCACCCUUGAUGAGUCUGUUAUGCCACCACCGCCACAACAAAGGGGACAGAAGUGCAAAUCCCAAGAGCCUGAGCCAGCCCUGCCUCUUGGUGCUCUCGAACAACAGCCCGAACUGCAUCAACCACCACAGCUAGAGAUCCCAUCUGUGGUGCUCCCGCCAGAGGAGCCACAGAACAUCACUGACCUGAUCCCCGAGUUGGACAUCCUGAUGGAAAAGGGGAAAGAAAAAGAGAAGGAUGAUGAGGAAGAGGAGGAGGAAGAGGUUCAAGGAGGUGACCAGGACCAAGAGGAAAGAAGAUGGAACAAGAGAACUCAGCAGAUGCUUCAUGGCUUGCAGAGAGCUUUGGCCAAAACGGGAGCCGACUCGAUCAGUCUUUUGGAGCUGUGUCGAAACAACAACAAAAAACAAGCGGCAGCAAAAUUCUACAGCUUCUUGGUACUUAAAAAACAGCAGGCCAUUGAGCUCACACAAGAAGAACCUUACAGUGAUAUCGUCGCCACACCAGGACCAAGAUUCCAUAUUAUAUAAAAGUAUAAUUCUUUUAUGGCUAGUGCAUUUUGCUCUAGAAGGUUUUUAAGCAUUUUCCCUGAAUGAAGGGUUCCUCAAGGUCAAUACAGAUUUAAUAAGGUUAUUUUAUUGUUUGGUUGUAUAAAGUAUUUUAUUUUUUUGGAUCUACUGUUAAACGUGUCUGGGUAUUGGAUUUUUUUUUUUUAAUGAAGAUUGUGUGAGCAAAACUGUUAUUGUGUUAUUUUUUGUAGCUCAGAUGGAGUGUGUAAUAUUGGGAUUUUAACUAAACAAUUAAAGGUGAUUGUCAGUAAGGCCUGGAUCAUGGCUGGCUUGGGGGGGGGGGGGACAAACAUUUUUGCCUAGUCCAUUCACGUAAUAGAUCAUAGUUGUCCUCUGCGUUUUAAUCAAGAAAAACGCUUCUCUGUGCAGAAGAUAAGCACGUGUUUCAUUACACAUUUCAAGAAUACUUUUCUGUUUGUUUAGCAAUAAUCUUCAUAUUUUUUGUUCCUAAUAUUGCAUUCUCCUUGUAAACUACUUGUCUGCUGUGUUUUUUGUUUUUUAAAAAGGUGUUUGGAAAGUAUUUUAAAGCAGUGAAAUGUUUUUAUUAAUAGGAAAAUCACACAUUGUAAAAUGCCACUAACAUUUCCACAAUUUGCAAGUUAAAUACUUCAGUGAAGGUUCUUUCUUGGCAUUUGCACUUUUUUUUUUGAUCAAAAAAAUGGUUGCAUUUUCAAAUUAGACCCAUUUAACAUAUGGAAAUUUUUUUCCAUGUAAUAUUUUUAAAGUACUUUUUCCAUUUAAAAAAAAAAAAAGAUAUCAUGCAGCUUUUGAAUUUUAAACAAUGCCCCCCCCCCCCUGUUGUAAAACAAGUGAAAAUAACACGUAGAUACUGCCAGUUAUGGAAAGGGUAAUCAUUUGUGAGCAUGACAGAACUGGUUUGGUAGAUGCAGUUGUUUAAUGCAUUCUUUAGUUCUUCACUUACUGUUUCUAAAAUAGCAGCUGUGUUAUGUAAAACUUUUUUAAUAAAAAAAAUCCUAAAUCCAUUUUAAGUCAGUUUCACAAUAUACUUUGAUUUCAUGGCUCCAAAGUGUAUCUUACUAUGUGUAUAUAUAUUUAUACAUAUGUUUAGAGCUGUUUAUCCGACUGUUAUGAGACAUGGUUGGUAUUGGGAGAUGUCUGACCAUCCCUAUAUUUUCUUAAUACAUUUUUAUAUGUAAAUAAUGGGGAGAGUGGGGGAGAGAGAAAAGAUCUGUCUGACUAGAUACUGUACUUUCUCACAUAACAGCUUCUUAUAAUUCACCAAAUGGUUCUUGAAUAAAAGUGUUUAAGUGGCA